UCUUCUUACAGCACCUAAUCUGAAUAAGAACUUUUUUUGUGUGUGUGUGUCGCCGACUUGAAGGUGCAGACAGAAGACGUGUGAUGCAAUGGUGCAUGUCUGAUGUACGUGAAUGAACCAGCAGAGAAGAAUAUAGCUUGAAACUGACUGAAAAACUACUUUUUGUCUGUAUUUUUAUCAGACUUGGGGAGAUGGACUCUUUCCCAGAAUUCCUGAAUGGCUCAUCUAUCCAUGAUGGCUCUGGUGCAAAGGUGCCCCUGCCGUGGGCCGGAUUCCUCACGCUGUCCCUCCUCAUGGCCGUGUUCUCCAUCACAUCUGUCGUGUUGAACGCUACAGUGAUAGUCGUCACCCUCCGGCACAAACAGCUGCGACAGCCACUGAAUUUUGCCCUGGUCAACCUCGCUGUGGCCGACCUGGGCAUCACACUAACAGGAAGUGUGCCAUAUGUGGUGACCAACGCUGUGGGCUACUACAUCAUGGGACGGGUCGGUUGUGUAUUGGAGGGAUUUUGUGUCGCAUUAUUUGGUAUAACAGCGCUGUGCACAGUGGCCCUGAUAGCUGUGGAACGGCUGUUUGUAGUGUGCAAGCCUCUGGGUACCAUCACAUUCCAGAGCAAGCACGCUGCCGGGGGGCUGGCGUUAUCCUGGCUCUGGUCUCUCAUCUGGAAUACUCCUCCUCUCUUUGGCUGGGGAAGCUACCAGCUGGAGGGAGUCGGCACCUCAUGUGGACCCGACUGGCAGAGUCGAGAUUUCAAAAACAUGUCUUACAUCAUCUGUUACUUCUCACUCUGCUUCGCUGUGCCAUUUGUCAUCAUUGUGGUGUCAUAUUCAUGGCUGCUCUACACGCUAAGACAAGUAGCUAAGGUAGGUGGAGGUGCGGCUGCGAGGGCAGAGGCUAAGGUGGCGCGGAUGGUGGUGAUGAUGGUGUUGGCGUUCCUUGUGAGCUGGCUACCGUAUGCUACUCUGGCUCUAAUGGUUAUCUUCAACCCUGAUGUCCAGUUGCCUGUGCUGGUGAAGGUGGUACCCAUAUACAUGGCUAAGAGCAGCACUGUAUACAACCCUAUGAUCUACAUAUACAUGAACAAACAGUUCCAGAGGUAUGCAAUACCACUUCUGAUGUGUGGAAAGGAUCCCUGGCCUUCAGAGGACGAUGCAUCCGAGGUUCAGACCGUCGUGUCACCAUUGAACAACAAAAUCAGCCCAGAGUGACUUACCAUUCACUACAGUCUGUUAGUGCAUGAUAAAUGUGCUUCUCUGCUUAAAGAGAGAUGAUUUAAUGAACACUGAA